AUGAUUUCUUUCAGAACGCUCGAUCAUUUGCGACAGCAGUUUUGUGGUGAGGCUGUGCGCAUCAGUGAUGAUAACAACAUCAAGGCGGCUUCAACAAGUGAUGAUAAGGAGGAUAUCCAGAGGGAGACAGUGUCGCAACUCUGUCGCACACGUCCGAAGGCUGAUGGCAGCCUAACGGUUGCUAACAUCGACAAUAAUCUCCUUCGACUCCCAGCGGAACUUCAACUCAUGAUUCUAAAGCAUCUUACAUUCGGCGAAGUCGAGUCUCUCCGACGAACAUGUUGUCUCCUGCGCCAUACUAUCAACAAACCUUUCAUCCGCGAAGUCUUCCCAAGCAUCAAAUUCGAACUCCUUUCAACAUGCUAUCGUUGUCUUCGCUACGACGCGCUGAGAGAUCAUCUCAUCCAUGCCGAUGAGUCUGACGCGAGAUAUCCUCUUGCCAACGAAUGUCUCGACUGUGUUUCUUCAAGGGGAGGGUUCGUCGUGGGUCGUAUGUAUACCCUUGGAACGUUUGCUACGGUUUGUGUAUGUCGAUACUGUGGUUUUCCUGUUACGUCGGAUGCGGCGUGGAAAGAGUAUGAGUUCCAUCGGGUGUGUUAUAGGAGGUAUCGGAUGAUACUGCUGUACUACUUUUUGGUCGGUUGUGCGCAGAGUACGAUUACUAUCGUAGCAGCGUCGCUGUGUUGGAAGUAUUACAAGAAGGAGAAGUUGAUUCUUGGACCCACAGUGGUCAACUUUCUCAUGUCGUGUUGGGUGUUUUGCUUGAGUAUGGUAAGGGGUACAGAGUUGAGGACUUAUCACUGGUCUUUACUCCUAGAAAUGGGCAUUUUAGGGCUUUGGAUUCCGCCCCUUACAGGUGUUGUUAAAACCAUGGGGAAGAGAUCCGAGGGAGUUCGAGCAGCAGACAUUGCGACAAUCUUCUUCAUUGCUUGCAACAUGUUAUUUCGUUUCAUCAAUGUCCUUGGCAACACUCUCCUUGUCUCCGAAUACAAGCUCUGGCGUCGCUACAUGCCAAACCAAUCAAGACCAAGUCGAUUUCUCAACAAAGUCAUUGCGUUUCUCAUCUUCUGGACGUACCCACCAAGCAUUGAGCAAAAGUUCCCAGGGAAAUGGUGGUGUUCCAGACAGAAUACUCAGGCUGGAGGUGUUUGA